CGGGCGGAGUGAAGAGAAACAUGGCGUCGACAAGCCGCGGAGAUGCUCUAGCCCUUCCCAGAGUUCAGUGUCCCAACCACCCAGAUGCCAUACUGGUGGAGGACUACAGAGCAGGGGACAUGAUCUGCCCUGAAUGUGGCCUUGUAGUAGGUGACCGUGUAAUCGAUGUCGGCUCCGAGUGGAGAACGUUCUCCAACGAGAAAGCCCUCAAAGAUCCAUCCAGAGUGGGAGAUGCCCAGAACCCACUGCUGAACGGAGGAGACCUGACUACCAUGAUCAGCAAGGGAACAGGCGCAGCUAGUUUCGACGAGUUCGGCAACUCCAAGUAUCAGAACCGACGGACCAUGAGCAGCUCUGACCGGGCCAUGCUCAACGCCUUCAAAGAAAUCAGCACCAUGGCAGAUCGCAUCAACCUGCCGAGGAACAUCGUAGACAGAACAAACAACUUAUUCAAGCAGGUUUAUGAGCAGAAGAGUCUGAAAGGACGAGCUAAUGAUGCCAUCGCUUCAGCCUGUCUCUACAUUGCCUGCAGACAAGAAGGUGUACCGAGAACAUUCAAAGAGAUCUGCGCCGUCUCCCGGAUCUCCAAGAAGGAGAUUGGCAGGUGCUUCAAACUGAUCCUCAAGGCGCUGGAGACCAGCGUGGACCUCAUCACCACCGGAGACUUCAUGUCCCGCUUCUGCUCAAACCUCGGCUUGCCAAAACAAGUGCAGAUGGCCGCCACCUACAUCGCCAGGAAGGCUGUGGAGCUCGACCUGGUGCCCGGCAGGAGCCCCAUCUCAGUGGCCGCAGCAGCCAUCUACAUGGCCUCCCAGGCCUCUGCAGAGAAGAAGACCCAGAAAGAAAUCGGAGAUAUAGCCGGUGUUGCAGACGUUACGAUCCGGCAGUCAUACCGCCUUAUCUACCCCCGCGCCGCAGAACUCUUCCCUCCAGACUUCAAAUUCGACACACCUGUCGACAAGCUGCCCCAACUGUGAAGACUCUCCCUACACAGUGAUAUUUUUCUGCUGUACUUACAGGAUUGUAUUCUCUUUUUUUUUUAUAAUCAUAUUUGUGUUGGAUUUGGAAGAUUUUUUUCUUGUCCCUCCUAAGACUUCAAGCCUCGGUCAAGGCAAACUCACAGGAAUAAAACGGACACACAUUCCAGUGAUUGAAUAAACAGCUUGCAGACUGUACUUACAGUAUUUCAAUUGUGUAUAUACUGUAUCCUGUAUAUUAUGUCCAAGUGGGAAAAUGUAAUUGAUGCUUGCAAUUUUAGGCUGGUUUCAUACUGUAUACAUAAAACUUUGUUUUUGUAGAAAAAUGACCAGGUUCUAUUUUGUUUGUUUGAAUUGUUCGAAUUAAUUUAAAAAUAAUAAAAGAUUUUCAGUAAAGCAUGGUAAGCAGCUCAUGGUUUGAAUAACAUUAAACAUUUGUUUACAUAAAAUCUGUUUUACUCCAAUUUUUUUUCGAGAUUGAACGUCUUCAAAAUCGGGGAAAAAACUCCAGUUCAACUUCAGCCGUAGUUUCAAUGACAUGAGUUCAAGCAGUUAAUAAAAAACUAACUCAUGAAGGAUGUGUACAAAUAAAAACAAUACCACUAUUACAAAUGUUUAAUUUGUGCAUUCAUGAUGGGUAACAAACGACUGCAAAAAUGCCUUUUCUGAUUUUUACACCGGGAUGAUGAGCGACAGUUGUGACUUGAGAAUUGGUGUACCAUCCGUAAAGUUCUUGUCUGUUCUGGCAACAACAUGCACAAGCAAGGAAUAAAAAACAAAA